CGUUCUGCUCUUUCCACCUGUGGGCAACUACCGCCGUUAUCUCAUCCACCAAACAUGUGAGACAUACCGCCAGCAGUACGAUCUGUUCACCUUCUCAGUGGGCCAAGGGGCGCAGCGCCGCACCGUCCUCUGCUUUCGCAACCAGCUUCUGGAUCCCAGCGGCUUCGAGAAUCGCAAGCAGCAGCAGCAGAGGGAGAAGGAUAGAGAGCGGGAGGCAGCGAGGAGCUGGCGGAGCAACAACAAUUCGCACUAUCACACGAACGGCAGAAGCAGCAGCGCCAGCAGAAGAAACGCCACGGAGCUCUGUAAGAUGGGCGUUAAGAAGCAUAUCAGCGAAACUCCAUUAAGCAAAUCGAACUCGGUGGAUUUAUACAGGCCGCCAGCACUGAGGAACAACAAUAGCAAUAACAACAACAGCAGCAGCGAGGAAGGAGCUGCAGCAAACGAAUCUAUAACAACUCCAUUAGCUGCAGGAACAGCAACCCCUGCAUCUACGAGUCCUACCUCGAAAGAAUCCCCGAACAGAGAGCAGCAAGCGGACGCUUCAGCAGCAGCAGCGGCGACGCGUCGUGAACGCCGUCCCGAUCGAGCGGUUUAUGUGCCAAGGGCACGUCGCAGUCAGACUACACCACCGACUACAACAACAGCGGCGACAGCGACAGCGGUUGCAACAACAGCACCAGCAGCAGUCGCAGCAACAAUUACAACAGCGCCGGAGUCCCCGCCAGUUGCAGAUACACACCCGAGCAAAGCGGACGACGCCAACGGUCAGCCGCCAUCCAAAUCGAAGAAAACCAAAUCGCAUCGAGAGCGCAGAGAACGCGGAAAGAAAUCAACAGCUCUAUCUACAUCUACAACGGCCGAUAACGCCACUGUGCUCGUCAUAUCAACAUCUGAGAACGAUACUCAAUCCAACGAAGAACGCCGACCGGCAAAGCCAGCGGACUGUGAUAAGGAGAUCAUGAGCGGCGCCCAGCGUACAAAGCCAGGCAAUGGCAACAAAUCAGCCAGCAAUGGCAAAAACCAGCCAUCGCCUCCACUGCGCAUCGAGGAUGUGGUGGCGGCCACAAGCACCAAUGGCGAGGAGCCGGCCAAAUGUGAUAACGAUGUGCGCGAGCUGCAGCGAGCCUCAAAGGAAAUCAAUCGCAGCAAUCGACGCAUCAUGAAACAAACCUUUAACUCAGAUGUGCUGGAGAUUCCGGAGAAAAUAGAGACAUCGGCAACUAAGGCCAUCCCAUCCCCGCAAGCAUCAGCCACAGCGAAACCACCUGCAGAUAGCACCACCGAAGACGACGACGAGGAGGACGAGGACGACUGGGAGAAGAUGUUCGACGAGAGCGGCGACUGUUUGGAUCCCAAGAUACUGCAAGAACUGAGUGAAUCUGUGGGCAAGUGCAAAAUAGAGCUGCCCAAAAUGGACUAUACGGUCUUUCACAUUAAACAGCAACUGCUCAACGAAGAGGAGUUUCCGCACGUACUGGAGGUGUCCAAUUUCCCCGUAGAGUUCAAAACUCCCGACCUGCUCAUGCUUUUCGCCCAGUACAGGGGCAGUGGCUUCGACAUCAAGUGGGUGGACGAUACCCAUGCCCUGGCUGUGUUUAGCAGUUCCCGCAUUGCUGCUGAGGUGCUGACGAUGGGGCAUCCGUUUGUCAAGUUAAAGCCACUUGCUGAGGCCACUCUGGAGUCACGACUGAAGGCGAAGAAGGCCGGUGCGGUAUCACUGCAGCCGUAUCGCCAGCGUCCGGAAACCUGCACGGCCUUGGCCCGGCGACUGGUAUCGGGUGCACUGGGAGUCAAACUGCCCACGGCGCCGCAAGAACGGGAGAACGAGAGGCGGGUGCUACGUGAAGCCAAAGAACGCAAACUGUUAGCUGCCAAACAGCGGGACGAAGUCUGGGAGAGCUAGACCGCGGCCCGGAAGGCCAGGUGCAUUUUUCUCACCCCAUCUGCAAUAAAUGCUGUAGCAACCACAACAUGAAGAUCAACAAAACACUACCAUUAACUCCCACAAAAAAAUUCUCAAUCAAAGCUAACACAGUAAAUGAGUAAUUCGCAUGCUAAGCAAUGUAAUUUUAAUGUUCGCUUUUUGUGAAAUUAACACAGACUUUUGCUCAAUUUGUUGUAGUUUUUAGAGGAUGCAUAAUACGGAUGCAAUGCAUAUUAUAUCAUCUAGGCCGUAAGAGAGAAAUAUCUAUAUUUAUUGGUCGUAGCAAUUAAACAUGCAGAGAGACAUA